AUGCCUGAUACUCUGAGUACUACUGAGACUACUCUCAACUCCUUCUUUACCACCCUCUAUCCUGUUCUAUCCGACGACAACCCACCUUCCACACACCCAACAUUAGAGACCGCCAACCCUUCACCUUCACAAACUACACUCCUAUCAAGCCCCGAAAUAAUUGCUGCCCGUAAUACCUUUUUAACGAAUUGGAAGGCAUCAGUAGAAAUCGAAUCUUCUUACUUGGCUGAAAUAACUAAACCCCACCAAACAUCCUCCGUACGUAAACUAGCGUCACAAUUAGAAGAAGAACGAAAGAAAGCGCAUAAAGCAACGAAUAACACUAUAAACCUAUACGUCUAUCUUCUUGUUAAGGAUAAACUUGAAUCCACCGUUACCCCAGAAACCAUAAGGGAAACCACAAAAUCUCUGAAAAAGUAUAUUGUAUUUCUCCAAGGAGACGAAAAUAGCGUAGAUCCCUUAGUACAACAAUUGCAAAUCGUUCACGGUAAACAGCGCGAAUUCACCACCGAAUUAACUACAGUAUUGCAACGGGAAGCACUUUUACAACAGGCAGGACUUCGGAAAGUUAAUACUGAACUAAUCAAAGAAAAAGAAAAGGCAGAUAAAAAGUGGAAAGCCGCUGAGGAAAAACUUAAAGAAAACAGAGACGAACUUAAUAAAUUAGAUCAAGUAAGAAAAGAUAAUUCUACAAAUUUAAAACUUUUAGACGACUCUCAGAGACACGUAGAAACAUUACAAAAAUACAUACAGGAUACCGCGACCCAUAACGCAGACUGUGAAAAAUUAACAACUGACCUCGAAGCCCAGAAAACACAACUUGAACAAAAGCUCAGAGCUGCGAUAGAAAACAGUGAACAACUUAAAAAAGCUUUAGACCUCAAUCAGAAACACGUUUCCGCAGUAGAAACAAAUAGUAUAGAAGCAAACAGUACCCUUGAGACCGAGAAAACAGAACUAGAAACUCGUUUGACCGCCUCCCAAAAACAUAACGAGACACUCGACAGUGAACUCGCUAAAUUGAAACUUGAAGUCCAAUCAGCUAAACAGGUUAUCACCCAAACAACUGAGACCAAAGAGAAACUUCAUAAUAAUUACGUUGCCGCUACAUUUCAAAAUAGAAAAUACGAAACAGAAAUAAAAGAUCUACGUGAUAAACAGGAAACUUUAGAAAAUACAAUAGUCAACCUCGAAUUUCGGAUUCAGGAUCUAAAAGAAAGAGAAAAAGCCUAUUACGAAGCAGAAGACCAAUACGAAAGGAACUUUCAGGACAUCGCAAAUAAAACUUUUGAAACAACCAAAUUCUUAGACGAACUCCAAAACUUUACGGGAAGAGAUUCUCUUGAUAAAUCUCUACAUACAGAACUUGAAACAGAAAAAACAGAUACAAUAACAAAUCUCCAGGAAAUAAUAGAUAACCUCAUUGCGCAGAAUAAUAGUCAGGCAACAACCAUUUUUCAACUACAAAAACACAACACAAUACUAAAGAAAAACCGUAGAGUCAGUAUCUCAAACAUGGGAGUAGGAACCGGAGCAGGUCACAACGGUGACGACGACGCAAGUACAUCAAAAACCACUUUUACAUCACGAUUAAGCAAAACUUUACUUACCGCUCCUGAUGCGACCAUCAUGGACAACGUAACAAAACCAAUAGUAAAAGUUUUAGGCGAAUUAUUUUCUCGGGAAGAUAAAAAAUCUAUACCAACAUUCAAAGGCAAAAGUACAGACAAACUCAUUACUGAAUGGCUUAAGGCCGCAGAACACGUAGCGCGGAAUAAUGAUUGGGAUGACGACCAAAAGCUCCGUUUCUUUUCAGAUCGCCUUAAGGGGGAAGCCCUCGAAUGGCAUGAUAAUUACGCAGAAGAGCAGGGGGACGAUUUAAAUUACGACGAUUGGAGAUAUGAAAUCAUUGAACGGUUCCAAGAUUCUUUCGACAUAGCGGCCCUUAGAAAGAAAUUUAAUAAACUAAAACAAAAACCAGAAGAAAAUUGUAGAGCAUUUGUGUCAAGGCUCACUAGUCUCUACGACAGCAUAGAAGGAAAGAUGGAAAAAUUAGACACUAAAAACAAAACCGAAGUAGAAGAUGCGCUACAUAGUGUCGUAAAAAAGAUGAGGGACGAUAUUAAGAUUAAGACCCUAUUGCAAGGACUAUUACCAAAAAUAAAAGCCGAGUUAUAUUUGCGAAUGCCAGAGGAUUUUAACGAUUUUGAUCAAUUGUGCAAACAAUUGUUCAUUUCCGAACAAAUUUUACAAAAUAAAGAGAAUAACGAAGACAAGGAAAUUUCAGCGGAGCCAUUACUAAAAGACGACACUCCUCACAGGAAAAUAUCGCGACUAUCAGCGCAGUGGAUCGUUUUGAUUCCAGGAGAACAACUUCCUUGGACCGCCGUCCAAGACAGGAGGACGCACGAGUCCACUUCAACAGACCCAGGACAGAAGGAUCUCCCCGACCACAAGGAAACCGAGACUCCAGUUACAGCCGAAGCAGGGACACAAGCUACUCCCGUAGCAGGGAUCAGAGCCCAUCGAGUAACAGGGAGCGCAGUGAUUCGCGUGAUAACGGACGAUCUUAUUCAAGGAUUGAUAGACACCGGCGCUGCCGCCAGUCUUCUUUCAUCCAAACUUUUAUUCAAACUACGAGAUAAAAACAUAAGAAAAUCGCUUAAUAAUGAUAAUUCGCCCAUCUUUAAAACAGUGUCAGGACAGGUUCUGCGAACUUUUGGAAAAUUUGAGUUCCCGAUUACAAUCAAUAAGGAUCAUACUUUUCUUCAUUACUUCUACGUAAUAGAAGCUUUGCAGGAAGAUUGCAUCCUUGGAAUAGAUUUUCUUUCUCACCACAACGUAAAAGUAAACGCUAAAAAUAGGGAAAUCCAUUACGACCAUGCGCAAAACCAGCAAAUGCUAAGAACUGUCUGUCCCAUAUAUAGCUUGACUAUUGGCGAAAGUCAGCAUGAGAUACCACUAACACCACAUUGUGAAGUAACCAACAAUUUACCGGAAUUAUCGUUCAUUAGACGACCUUUUGAACUUUGCGAUGCCCAAGAUUCGCUUGAUAGAGCACUUGCGGGUACUAAAAAAUAUAUUUCCUAUCAAAAAGAUUUAAUAACAUCACAGCCAGAAAAUACCAAGAUCAUGAUUCACAACCCUGACAUAGAAAGCAACAGAGCUGUAUUAGGUCCAAUCAACGCACAAAACGAAAACGCAGUUUCGUCCACAAACCCAAUACCGAAACCAAAACCAGUAACUAUCGCGAUUAGUAAAAUACGGAACUCCAUUGAUAGAGCAUUAACAAAUCGUAGAGCAGAAGUUUCAAAAUUGCGAUGCUUCGAAAUCCCAUACCCCGUACCAGUUAGAAAACCAAUUGUCGGAAUAAACAAAGCUGAUGUAGAAAAUAAUUUACCUAGCAUUGACGAUGCCCCACUAACGGGAAAAGACUACCUUAACCUAAAACCUUUCCAACAGUUCCAAAUUAACAACACACUGUCGCCAAAACCGGUAGAAAAAAUUGAAUUUGACCUCAAACACCUAGACGAGCAACAAAUAGCGGUCGUACUUGACUUACUUACGAAACAUGGGCAACUCUUUUCGGACAAAGAUUCAGAAUUAGGACUGGCAAUCGGGGUAAAACAUUACAUCAAUACAGGAAACAAUGCCCCUGUAAGCAUGCGACAGCGACGUACACCCGAAGCACUACGUCCACAAGUUUGGAAACAACUACGUAGCAUGCUAGAUAAUAACAUCAUACGGAUUAGUUCAAGCCCGUACGCAGCAGCUAUUGUAAUGACUUUGAAAAAAGACGGCAGCCUACGCCUAUGCAUCGAUUACAGAUGGCUCAAUAAAAUCACGAUCAAAGAUAAAUUCCCAUUACCACGCAUAGACGACACCAUUGAUGCUUUAUACGGAGCUCGUUAUUUUUCCACUCUAGACUUAAUCAGUGGAUAUUUGCAAAUAGAGAUCAACGAGGCAGACAAACACAAAACGGCUUUUAUUUGCGAAUUAGGACUAUUUGAAUUUAAUCGAAUGCCGUUCGGAUUAACAAACGCACCAAGCACGUUCCAGAGAGCAAUGAAUGACAUUUUUAGAGAAGUAUUAUACAAAUAUGUUGUAGUAUAUCUGGAUGACAUUAUUGUGUAUAGUAAAACAUUUGAAGAACACCUUGGACAUUUAGCGAAAGUAUUCUGCAUAUUAGGAGCGGCAGGAAUACGACUAAAACGCAUCAAAUGCGAAUUUUUUAAACAAGAAAUCGAAUAUUUAGGUUACAUCAUUUCAAGAAGAGGCAUAACACCAGUUUAUAAGAAAAUUGAAGCUAUUACAACAUAUCCACAACCGACUAAUCAAAAAGAAUUAGGAUCCUUUUUAGGCCUGGCUAGCUAUUACCGAAAAUUUAUACGAUCUUUUGCAGAAAAAGCACACCCACUAACGGCACUUACAAAGAAAACAGCACAAUGGAAAUGGGGGGAAGAAGAAAGGGACGCCUUUAACUGUAUUAUCCAAUGUCUGACUUCUAAACCUAUCCUAAGCUACCCGGAUUUUACGCGCGAAUUCAUCAUCUAUACGGAUGCGUCAGGAUACGGCAUAGGAGCAGUAUUGGCCCAAAUGCAGACUCCUCCCCCACCAGAAGAAACCGACAAGUCCAAAAAACCAGUUUGGUAUCCAGAACAACAAGAUCAGGAAGUCGUUAUAGCAUAUGCAUCCAAACAUUUGAAUGAGCGAGAAGCACAAUGGGCAACGAUUGAAAAAGAAUGUUUUGCCAUCGUUCAUGCGAUAGAAGUUUUCAGAACUUAUUUGUAUGGGAGAAAGUUUGUUGUAUUCACCGACCAUCGACCAUUGGAAUGGUUAUUCGGGAAAGCAAGCACAAAUGGAAGACUCCAGAGAUGGGCACUUAAGAUCCAGGAGUACGAUAUGACAAUUGGAUAUCGACCGGGCAAAUCACACCAAAAUGCUGAUUGCCUAAGCCGUAUUCCAUUUGUUCCAUUUGACCCUGCGGUACCCCCGCCGUCCACAAUUGCGGCAAUACUUUUCGAACCAAAUCCUGAAAAAGCAGCGGAAAAAAUAGUGCGAUACGUAUCUCUUCACAGACCGCCCAUACCAAAACCACAGAGAUGGGGAGAAAUUAACGAACGACGAGACGCACAACAAAUCCAAGACCCUCCCCUUCCAGAUAAUGUUAAGAAAACCGAAAUCAGUGAAUGGGCAAAACUACAGCGUGCCGAUAAAUAUUGUCAAUCAUUAAUAGAUAAAAUAGGUGUUGAAGCCGGCGAAGAAGCUGGGGACCAAACCCGACUUGAAGCUAACAAAGAAGUUAGGGGCCAAGUAAAACUUGAAGCUUAUCAUAGGGACCAAGUUAGAAACGAAGCUAGCCAAAUGGCUGGGGACCGUAAUACGAGCGAAGCUACCCAAGGGGUCAGGGACCGCAAUACACUUGAAGCCAGAAAUAGAUACGGGGACCAAGUGAAAAAAGAAACUAGUGAAAUUGCAGAAGAUAAAAUAAAAACUAAGCGAUAUAAAUAUAAUGAUAAGGGAGAAAUAAUUGACUUACAUAACCGAUUGAUAGUGCCAUUAGUUAAAGUAAAAGAAAUUAUAGAAGCAAACCACGAUCACAUGCUUGCAGGACAUCUAGGUAUAGCAAAGACUUUAGCCAGGAUCAAGAGACAAUAUAAAUGGCCUCAGAUGAAACAACACGUCGUAUUACAUGUAAAUAGUUGUUUACUGUGUGCACGCCGAAAAUCAUUUGGGACAACCAAAGCACCAUUAAAACCCCUUCCACCAGUAGAAUCAGUUUGGGAAAGGAUUGCAAUGGAUGUAGUAGGGCCUAUUCAGGAAAGUAACAAAGGUUACCGCUAUAUAUUAGUAAUAUCAGAUUAUGCGAGUAGAUUCGUUUUCACUAUUCCAAUGAAAAAUCAGACAGCACAAACUAUAGCCAGAUGCCUCGUAAACAAAAUUAUAACAAAAUAUGGAGCCCCACAACACGUACUCACAGACAGAGGAACGAAUUUCUUAUCAUCAUUAGUAAACGAAAUCUGUGUACUUUUCAAAAUAAAACAAAUGAGAACAACUGCGUACCACCCACAAACAGAUGGCCUAGUUGAGCGAUUCAAUAGGACACUCUGUGAUAUGCUUGCGUGUUACGUACACGACGAGCCAGAAGAAUGGGACAAAUAUCUACCCUUCGUUACGUUCGCGUAUAACACAGCAAUCCAAUCCACCUUAAAGGAAUGCCCCUUCUACUUAUUCUUUGGUAGAGCACCUCUCUUACCAAACGAUAUAAAGAUCAACAGUAGAUACGACACCAGACACGACGACCGCAUAGUAUACGCAGAAAAAUGGGAAAACGCCAAGAAAUUAGCUCGCGACCAUUUGUUUAAAGCACAGACGAAACAAAAAGAAUACUAUGACAAGGGAACAAAAACCUGCGUAUAUUCCGUCGGACAAACGGUAUUAGUAAAAGCACCACCUACAGCCGGAAAGUUCAUUAAUCGUUGGAACGGACCUUUUGUAAUUACCAGAAGUUUCUCUAACGUUAAUUAUGAAAUAGAAAGUAUUCCCAAAAGUAAACAGCGACGUGCUAUAGUUCAUGUCAAUAGAUUAAAACCAUACACUGCAAGAGCGCCUGAAACUCCACCAAAUACCCAGAGAGAAAGAAUGACCGAACCGAAUAAAACGGAACCCAUUACAUUUGGAAUACCACCACACGCAGAGACAUUCAACCAACCCGUAAAGCGAGGACGAGGACGACCUAGGAAGACAGACCCAGCACCAAAAAUUAUUCCUACCAGCGUUCCCAGUCGAAGGACACCACCGCACCAGAAUAACAUACAUCAGGAUUCAUCACGAAGAUCGGAAACACCCAAAAUUAAUUAUGCUCACCUGAUACAACGAAGAAAUAAUAACUACCCGAAUACGCGUUCAACAAAAUCACAAACCCAGCGGAGACCACAACAAUCUUCAUCACACCCUAAAAUACCACCCCCUGAAUACAGACCCAUUUUCACAGAAAGAGUUCCCCAAAGAGAAGUACCGGACUUCCCAGUAACACGGGACGGGCACGGACGACUAAUCUACCAUAUACCUGUAGCCCAUCCCAGCCGUCCUUAUUUUUAUAACCAAAGACAAAGAGAGGUCUCAACUUACGAUGACUCUCCCAAUAACUACAACGAAUCCCAAGACAAAUCACCCUUACGGCAAACCCGAUACAACCUCCGACGAAGAUAUUAACCCAUCAUAAAGGAUUUUGUAAAUA